AGUGUAGCACACAACCUACACACACACACAGACAGAGAGACACUCCCCGGUUUGCUGUUCCCCCUCGAAAUGCUUCCAGAGUCGCCAUGGACUUCUGGUCGCGCCUCAUAGCACACACGCUCCCCUCGACGGGCAACUCGCGGAACUGGAAGGACUUCGCCAAGGAUCCCGUCCGCCGCCUCCAACGCUUCGAGAAGGAGUACACGCAGCUCAUCCAGGCAUGGCGCCUCUCGCCCAGCAUCGCCCACGAUGACGAGGCCGCCGAGCGCAUCGAGAUCUGUCUCCAGGAGCUCACCAACAUGCUCACCGACGAGAACCGCCGCCCGCUGCCCCAUCCGUGCAUCACCUUCUGCGCCACCAAGCAGAUAUACAUCCCCAUAGCCAAGAUCUCCACCACCUCCAACAACGAAUGGGUCAUCAAGGAGGCCGUCCUCUUCUUCGCCACCCUGAUCGAGAGCGAGGAGGAGGCCUUUGUCGAGAAUGACCACUUCUCCGCCAGCCUCACCCACCUGAUGGUGCGCAUCACCGGCGCCAACACCCUCCGUCUGAGCGCCGACACCGAGGCCCGCGUCGUCGAGUUGGCCUUCAACAUCACCACCAAGCUUCGGCUCGAUCCCGACAUCCUGCCCGCCUGGUUUAAGUCGCAGCCGCAGAAUGGAGAGGAGAAGCAGCCCCUGGGCGAACAUGAGCGCUUCACGGGGAGGACGCAGAAGCAGGACUUCCCUCUCUUCUACCUGCUCAUGGACUACAUCCACCACGAGGGCAAGGUCGGCGACUUUGCCAGAACGGGCCUGCUGUACAUCAUCGAGGCCGCGUCGAGCUCCGUCGAGCUGGAGCAGUGGAUUGUCGAGAGUGAUCUGUCGACCCUGAUGGCCACCGGCUUGGGUGCUCUGUAUAGUCAGCUGAGCCGCAAGCUCGUCAUCGACCAUCCGUCCAAUGCUCUCCCGGCCAUCCUCGCCCUUUCCGACUACGAACAUCCCAAGCCCAAUUACGAAGUCAUCAGCUCUUGUACCUUUGAGUUCCAAUCGCAUCUGGAAACCUUUCUUUCCCAUCUUCUGUUCUGGCAAGAUGUCUUGAACCACUGUCGGUCGGUAGAGGUCAAGUCCUCCUUGCUCGAGCACUUCCAGGUCAUCUUUUUGCAGCAACUCUUAUACCCAUCCCUCCUCGAGUCGUCAGAUAUCGACGGCGGUUCCUCGGUGGCUGUCUUGACUUAUCUCCGCCAUAUCCUCCAAUCCGUUGACCACCCCGACAUGAUCAACCUGAUCCUGCACUACCUUCUGGGUCUGCCCGAUAUUGUAGGAUCCGUCUCGUCCGACUCCAAGGACGGCGUAAGUGCCGCUCGAAAGCGCAAGUCUAUGGAUCUUGCGACCAUGAUGGCCUCCAAGUCCGAAGCCGCAGACCCCUUGCUCUUCAACCUGGUCGAUCUCAUCCUCGCCUGUCUCAGGUCCCAAAGCCUCCAAACCAUCUACGUCACAUUGCAGCUGGUCUCGGUGAUUCUUAAGAGACAUCACCGCUACGCAGUCAUCACCUUGCUCUACACCGAAGGCGUACUGGGUAACUCGUCUUUUAGAACCACGGGCGCCCACGAGCAGGAAGUCGAGUACCUGAUGGGCCUGGCCCAGACCAUCGGCGGCGAGGACAACUUCAACGAGAUCUACGACAGCGUCAUCAAGGACACCAUGAUUCGCGUCGAGAACCACCCCUGUUCCAUGAAGUUGAUUACCCCGAAAGCGCUAGCGAGCAACCACAAGCAGCCCGCCAUCCCCGACAGCUUGCCCGGUGCGCCCAGAGACGUCCGCUCGCACACGCUGCACCCUGAUGACCCCCUGCUCACCAGUGUCUUGGACCGGCUCGAGACAUUCUUUAUCAAUCCCGUUGAGACCAACCUGUCGUUAACCGAAGUCAUCUUCGACCUGGCCAUCUGCGGGUACAUGCAUCUGGAGGGCUGGUUCCUGAGGCAUCCGUCCAAUUAUACGUACGACGAAGACCAGGACGCACCUGCGGCCGAACCACCGGCAGACAUCGACCCCGAAUCCCCCGAAUACGACGAAUACCAACAACUCCUCUCCAUGCACCAUUGCCGGCGCCGGCCGCAAUGGUCCCGCGAUUCACUCCCCCGGUUGUUGCGCAUUCUGCAAACCCUCUGUGACGAAGUCGCUGCCUACCGUGACACCAUCCCCCGUUUCAACGACCUGCUCCAGCAACGUCGCGAAGCCUUUCAAACAGCCGACGGAGCCUCAAUACCACCCUCCGUCGCGCCCUCCGUCGUCCCCUCAGCCGCCCCUUCGCGGUCACGCACGCCGUCCACACUGCAGCCACCCGCCCAGCUCACGCCCGGUCUGAGUACCCCGGGUAAUACCGCGCCCGAACGACCAACCUCCGGCCUCGGCCUAGAGUCCUUCGCCCAGCGCAUUUUCUCCGACCUCUCCUCCACCAUCUCUACAUCUCCCAACCGCACAGCGAACAACUCGCCCCGUCCCCGCUCCUAUACCACACGUACCGUUUCCGAACGAUCGAGCUACUUCACCAGCAACGAAGCCCCGCCUCCCCUACCACCUAGGAACCGGACGCCCAGCAUGCUCGUCACCUCGCCACGCAAGGGAACGGGCGGCUUUGGCCUAGGAGCAAGCGGAAGCGCAUUGGGCGGCGCGAGUGUUCCCGGCGCAGUGGCUAGUGAUAUUAGUGGCAGUGGGAAGAUGGAGUUGGUCAUGAGCCAGGCUAGAGCGUUCCAAGCGGUGGAUCAGAGCAUUUUGGCGAGGAGAGUGGGGAUUCCGGAUGUUUCUGAUGCCAAACACGUUGGUCCUAAUCUUGAUGGGCAGUCCGAUAGUAAGGCUGAUGAAGAAAUGGAGUUGGGCGAUAGGCUGGCUGGGGAGGGACAGGAUGUGGCUGUGUUGCCGAGGUUGACGGUCCAUCGCCCGCCGCCAAAGGGAGAAGAUGGAGGAUUAGAUGCUUUGGAAGGGGAUGAAGAUGAUGAGGAGGCGAAGCCGGCUGUUCCUCCCAAGGACGAUCCACCUUCUCCUGCACCCGCUGCCGGCACUGACACUCCUCACGAGGCUGGCGAGGCUCCCACCUCCUCCGAAAUAAAUGAUGAAACCACGGACUCGGAGGGACAGAAUCCCGCCACCGCCACGGCUGACGGCCAGAACCCCGACCAGCAACCAAAGACGGCCGAAGACCAACAAGAACAACAAGCAUCCCAGGAGGCAGCUGAAGCCGCGGACAAAGAAGAAGAAGAAGAAGAAGCAACAAAGGCAUCAGUAUCCCAUGUCCUGACGAACGUCAUCAUCUUGCAAUCCUUCCUCUUUGAGCUGGCGAGCUUGGUGCAAGUUAGGGCGGGCGUGUUUGAGGAGGUUAGGUUCGUGUAAACAAUUACAGACAGGUACUCUUACUUGCGUACCUACCAUGUUAGAUACAGUAUAUAUACUAUAAUGUUACCUCGUGUAUAGAUUGCUAUGG